GUUUGUUCUAAGUUCUUCCUAUUGUUUAUUUUCUAUUCGCCUAAACCGGAUUUAAAAUAUUUAGAUAUUUAAUAUAUUCAGUAAGACAUUAAAUUUAUUAUCUAUAAAUAUCUAAUAUAUUCAGUGAAACAUUUUGAAAAAUAUGUUGAGCAUAACUAACAUUUUUGUGCGUAAAAUUUCAUUAACUUUGGAAGCAGUCCAGGAAUAUUUAGAAUGGUACUGAGUUUAGAGCGGGCCGUUAGUCUGAUAGACUUGCGCAGGACUCAGAGGCGGGUAGCGGCACUGAUGCUGAAUGAUAAACAUGUGGAAUUACAGAAAUACCCAUUGCGAAAACGUACUUUACCACAAAGAGUUUGCUACGUUUGCAGCCGAAUUGAUCCGAAUGGGUUAUUUCGUAAUCCAGAUGACCAUCUAUAUAGGAAAGGGUUUUUCAACUCAUGUGACCAUUUGCACAACGCUCCACAUACAGUAAUUGUGCAUGAUGAACACACGAAACAAGAUAGUUACGGCGAAGAUUCACUUACCGAACUUGCAAAAAAACGUACAGAAAAAAUAAGUGUCACUAUACGUAGAGGGUCGAAGUCGACAAAGCUUCCUUCAUCAAUGAAACAAGAGGAAAUAUAUGAAUCAGAUAUUAGCAAAAUUACUUACGAGCAUCGUUCACCAGGAGACAAUUUGUUAGUGAGAGAAGUAUCUGAUUCUUCAGGCAGGAAAUUUAGUUUGCCACCUAUUGUCCCGAAGAGAAGCAGUCGCCUGAGCGAUAGAUCUUCAAGACAAACAGUCACCUAUUCAAAAAUUAUGAGGACGCCGUCAACCGUAUUGUCAAGAAAAUCUCCGUUUCUCUCUGAAACACUGCCUGUCGGAAGUGAGACAGAAACAGUUUCAAUCGGAGAACGCAUUACAGUUAUACCGACGGGCUUCGACAGAACAAGUGCAAUAUCAGGGCUCUCAACAUUUUCUGAAGGUACAACUCCAUCUAAAUCAACCAAUGAUCUUGAUUCCAAGUUCGCGUCUGAGGAGGGCAAGUCAUUACCCAUUAGACAUUCAGUUACUACAAGGACGAGUCAACGUUCAAUUAAUACGCCCAUUGUUGAUAAAAAUUCAGUAACUACAUUUCCUAGUAAACAGACACAUACAACAAAGAGUAAAAAGACUCUAUCUACUUCUGAAUCCUCCACACUUAUUGAUAUGUUUCUCAACCAAUCAGAUGACUUACAAGAUGGCUAUCGUCCAGCGCCACCUGUCAAAGAGGAAGUGAUGAUAGGUGAAAACCGGGAACCAGUUAGUCGACCUAAAGCAGGGCACCAGCGUGAACGAAUUUUACAAGGAAGGCAUCAAGUGACGUCAAAACAAAGUGGUUCAACCAAAGUAUCGGAAUCAGGCUAUGGUUUGAAUGAUGAUCUGCUCACGGAUCUAGGGUCUGAGAAUCCACAGACACAAUCAGAGCACGACAUGGAGAAAGAGAUGGGCAAGACUCAAAUAGGUAGCUUAUCUGAUAGCUGCUCUUCGAACGGUAUUAGUGACGCAUCCAUUAUUUUCUCCGAGCAAACUGCAGAAUCGCGUUACCCGACAGAAAAGCAUGAAUUAUGCCGAUGCUCUACGGCGCAAAGAGAAAAAAGUUUUUCGCGAAAUUUAUGCAAAGCGUGCGGUAAAAAGUAUCAGUUAGAAAGUAGCAUGUGGAGAGAUAUGGGGUCACAGCAAAUACAUACACAAACCGGAACCGGAAACGAUACUCGCGCUUCAAGUAGCACGCGCUGUUUGUCUACACGACAACAAAUGCUCCAACACGAAGAAGCAAAAGUGAAAACUAGUGUAAGAAGUAAAACAACUACCGAUGAAGACCGCUUAACAAGAAUGUACAUAAGAAGUAAAACCUCCAUCGAUGAAGAACACUUAUCAGGAAUGUAUAUAAGAAGUAAAACAACCACUGAAGAUGAUUAUAUGACUAGGAUGCAUAUGCGAAGUAAACAGUCUCCUGAUAAAGAUUUCAUGGGUAGAAUAAAUCUAAGAAGUAAGCAAACGAUAGAUGAGGACUACAUGGAUAUGGAUAACAUUAUAUACGACGAUGACGGUCGGUAUUGGUCUAGUGGGGAAGAAUCGCCCUCGCCGACACCCAUGUAUCGUCACCAGCAUGCACAUCCCUAUCCAUUAGUAAACCCAGAUAUACAUAAAAUUGUUUAUAUACAAGCCUUGCAAGCAGCACAAGCAAGAAAUAUAAAGGACAUUGAAGAUUUCGAUGAAAUGUUACGCCGUCCAAACGUUUUCUCUUAUAUACCUCUGCUACCAGAUAAAAACCAAGAAGACGCGAAACAUAUUGGACUACGACCAGAUGACUCGACAACCCCAAAGAAAGGUCAGCUUAUGAAACAUAUUUUUGGGAACUUUCGGCCUGAUGACUAUUAUAAGGGAAAUAAAACUGAAGUUAUCUUCGACUAUACGUCGAAUGAUUCUAGUACGGAAAAACUGACUUCUGGUGAGACUCCAAUACCGACAAAUUAGUCUUCAGUAUACAUGUACAUGUAUUUGAAAAUGUCAAGGAUUUUAAAUGAAUUGUGGAAAAGGAUGUAAACGAAUGUGUUUAAGUACGAAAUUGUCUACUCGUAUAUUUUUUUUAUUACCACACAAAAAAGUAAUUUUAUCAUUCUGCUAUUAGAUCUAGUUUUGCUCGAUCAUGUAAAAAAAUGUUUUUAGAACGGUACUGAAAUCAAUAGUCAUAAUCCCAUACAUGUAUAUAUACUUCCUUUCUUCUGUUCAUGCAUUGCCUAAAUCAAUUGUGUGACAUCUUAUUAUUCGUUUUCUUUUUGCCAUAGAAUGUGGUUUUUGUCACUUGUAGGAACAUGAAGAAACAUUUCUAACUACCAGUUGAUUUAGUGUGG